AUGAAGAGUACACAUGGAGGGUGUGAGACAUCAUUCUCAUUGUCGAAAUUUGUCUACAGGAAAAGCUACUUAUCCACUAUAAAAGAAGGAAGAAAUAUAGUGCAAACUUCAAAAAUCAAGCCAUGGAAAAAGGGAAAUGUAGGAUCAAUAUUAUUCUUGGAUGAUUAUUGAUAAUUAGAACAUCUUGUAAAUAUAUCUAUGAGUGAAGAAGUGAUAAAGAUGUGAAUAGAAGAAGUGAAGUCUAGAUUCUUAUUCCAAGGAGUGCUUAAACAUUUAAGUGCUUGACAUCAUUCUUAAAGACUUGAUAUAAGAGUCCAAAGUGUCUAAAGGUGCAUCAUUUCUAAUUGUAUUUUUAUUUUUUGUAUUGAAAUAUGAUGUUUGAGAUUUGUAAAUUUUUAUUUUCGUAAUUCCAUUGCUAAGGGACUAGCAAUGAUUUAAGUUUUGGGGUGUGAUAAGUCUUCAUUAUCAUGAGUUAAUAAUUAGUAAAUAAUAUAGUUUUAGCCUUAACUCGUGAUAAAUAGACUUAUAUUUGUGUUAAAGUGUGAAAAGUGGUUUUCAGUUGAUUAAUGUGAUUUUUUGGGUAAUUAUGUGAUUUUAUACGAAUUUAUAUGAUUUUUACAGUUUUACUUUUGACAUAAAUGAAGAAAAAGAAAUAAAACUAAAAUAUUGCAAAAUGGGAGGACCUGCCGGCCAGUCGGGCCCGCAAGCGGGUCGGAAGCUCAGUCGGGGAGUAGCCACGAGCAGGGGCUCGAGCGGCUUGGACCGAUAGGGGCACGUGUGCGCCACUCCCCUUCCACGUCACCGGUGGCCAGCCGGCUGUGGGGCAAGGAGUGGUCGUACACGCGAGAGAAGGGACUUUGCUUAGAAAGCUAACAUUACUAUAUAUUCACUUGAAAAAUCGGCGCACAACCGAUGUGGGACUAAACCCGUGUCACACCUUCCUCAGAAGGGGCGGACAACCGGCACGGGUUUGAAUCCUUCUAGAGUCAAAAUUCAUAUAUUUUUAUCUGAUUAUCGCAACUUUUUUGCAGAUCGCCGGUGAAGGAUUAAGCAACGAGAAUCGCUGGAUCAUCGGCGAAAAUCUCGUCAACGCGAUUCGCAGAGCAUUGUUACUAAAAUUGUUGAACGAUUCGCAAUAAAGGGAUCGCGAAUCCAUUGAGUAAAUCAUCUCCGAUUGAUCGAUGAACAAGCCGUCGUCGGGAAGAGGACGAUCCGCCGGGAGAUGAGUCGCCACCUCUUGAGAGCGUACCAGAUGCGAUGAAGAGCCUCCUCUUGCUGCGCGGACCUGAGGAUGAAGCUCCCUGACAUGCGCCCCACCUCCAUCCAGCUCCUCUCCGUCGGGUGACAGUCGUCGAAGAGCCGCAAAGUCGUCGUUUUUCCGCUCCGCCGGGUGACAACCACCGGAGACGACUCGACGACCCAUUUCAUUAAUCUCUAGACUUCGCGAGAAGAUCUAGAGAUUGCCCACAUCGUCUUUGUCCAAGGAGAGCCUUCGAGGCCGUGGACACUGCAUGACGAUCCUCCCGAACGCUCAGGAUUCCAGUGCAUCACUGACGCAUUACCGUCGCGACGCCAGAACUCUGUUUUCCUGCUUUCAACUUAAUUUCCGUUUCAUUUAGUGAUAAUUUGUUGAUUUUGAAUUUACCAACAUAUACUUUAUUUCAUUACGAUUCUUCCGUCUUUUACAGAUCCUAAUUUGAUCAAUUAAAUAGUCUGUAAUCGCUUACAUAAGAAUCGCCGAGCGGAACUCUGUUUCCGCCCGAUUCGCAUUCGCCAGGCGCUGACAUCAUCCUGACGCCCGCACCCUUAUUUUCUUUUUUUUCGUGAAUUUUAAAUAUAUUUCCUUUUCAUUUCUUAGUAUAAAAUUCAUAUAAAAUAUUAUUCUCAGGAAAAAAUUCUGAAUAAUUACUAGAUAUUAUAUUACAUCCUUGUGAUCGACCUGGAAAAUUACCGCUAUUUUUGGAAGUUUUAUUGAAUUAUAAUUGAUAUAUUUGUUCAGAAAUACUUGUAAAUAUCCAAAAAUUUAUAUUUUCUAGUUUUAUAAAUUUUAUAUUUGCGUGAUUUAAUAUACAACGACUAAGUCACGUCAAUUACUGACAAUUUAAUUGGUCAAAUAGGAUUUGUAAAAAUCAAAAAAAUCAUAAUUACCGACAUCGCAGAAGCGAUGCAUCUACGAUGCACGAGAAUUUUGAGUGUUCAAGAGGAUUAUCGUGCAAUGUCCAUGGCCCCAAAGGCUCUCCCUAAACAAGGACAACAUGGGAAAUUUCUAGAUCUUCUUGUGAAAUCUAGAGAUCAAUGAAAUGAGACAUUGAAUCGUCUCUAGCAGCUGCCACCUGACAAAGCAGAAAAUAGCAACAUUGCGACUCUUUGACAACUAUCACCCGACAGAUAAGAAUUAGAUAGAGGUGGGGCACAUGUUAGUGAGCUUGAUCCUCAGGUCCGCGCAGCAAGAGGAGGCUCUUCAUCGCAUCUGAUAUGCUCUCAAUAGGUGACAAUUUUUCUUCCGAUAGAUUGUCUUCUUCCCAACGACGACUUGUUCAUUGAUGAAUCAUAAAUGAUUUACUCAAUAGAUUUGUAAUCUUUUUAUCAUGAAUCGUUCAACAAUAUUAAUAACGAUGCUCCACAAAUCACAUUGAUGAGAUUUUUGUCAAUUAUUAAGCAAUUCUAACAACUUAAUCCUUCACUGGUGACCUAUAGAAAAAUCACACUUUAAUCAGAUAAAAAAUAUGAGUUUUGGCUUCGGUAGUAUAUGACAUGAUUUAGUCGUUAUAGAGUAAAUCAUGCAAAUUAAAAAUUAAUAAAACUAGAAAAUAUGAAUUUUCAAAUAUUUAGAAGUAUUUCUGAACAAAUAUAUCAAUUAUAAUUCAAUAAAACUCCCAAAAAUAGUAGUAAUUUUCUAAAUUGAUCACACGAAUGUAAUAUAAUAUCAGGUAAUUAUAAUUCAAUCAAGUCCCUUUCUCACGCAUGUACGACCACUCCUUGACCCAUAGCCGGCUGGCCACUAGUGACGUGGAAGGGGAGUGGCGCACAUGUGCCCCUAUCAGUCUUAGCCGCUCGAGCCCCUGCUCACAUCUCCUCCCCGACUAUGCUUCCGACCUGCUUGCGGGCUUGGUUGGCCGGCAGGUCCCCCCAUUUUGCUAUUUUUAUUUUUAUUUCUUUUUCUUCAUUUAUCUCAAGAGAAAGACUGUAAAAAUUAUAUAAAUUUGUAUAAAAUCACAUAAUUACCUAAAAAUUCACGUUAAUCAAUUGAAAACCACCUUUCACACUUUAACACAAAUAUAAGUUUAUUUAUCAUGAGUUAAGGCUAAAAAUAUAUUAUUUACUAAUUAUUAACUCAUGAUAAUAAAGACUUAUCGGUAUACAAAUUCACAUUGGUUGCUCGCUUGCAUGAGAGAGAGAGAAUAAAUUCUCAAGUACCCUUAUAUAGUGACAUUAUCAUAAUAUCUCAUUUUUAUAAAUAAGAGAUAUUUUUGAUAUUAAAAUCAUAGCAUCAUCACAAGGAAGCUGUGACCGAGUUUAGUCCCACAAAAAUUAUACACCGAAUUUUAAGACAAAUAUAUAGUAUUACGAGAUUUGGGAAUCAAUGAGUCCCUUUCUCGUGUGUGUAUGGCCACUACUUGCCACAUGCUUGGUUGGCCACCGGUGAUGUGGAAAGGGAGCAACACACAUGUGCCCCGAUCGGCCCACAACCACUCGAGCCCCAACUCGUAGCUCCUCCCCGACUGUGCUUCCGACCCACUUGCGGGCCUAACUGGCCAACAGAUCCCCCUCUUUUUUUUUAUUUUCUUUUUCUUUAUUUAUCUCAAAAAUAAGAUUAUAAAAAUUAUAUAAAUUCACAAAAAAAUCAUAUAAUUAGCUAAAAAUUCAUAUUAACCAAAUAAAAAUCAUUUUUCAUAAUUUAUAAGAAAUAUAAGUUUAUUUAUUAUGAUUUAAGAGUAAAACUAUAUUAUUUAUUAAUUAUUAACUUAUGAUAUUGAAGACUUAUCACACCCCUCAAUUUGAAUCAUUACUAAUCCCUUAACAAUAGAAUUACGAAAAUUAGUAAAAAUUCAUAAAUCUCAAACAUCAUAUUUCAAUGCAUAAAAAUACAAUUAGAAAUGAUGUACAUCUAAAUAUUUUGAACUCUUAUAUCAAGGAUUUAAAAAUGAUGGCAAACACUUAAAUCUUUAAGUACUCCUUAGAAUAACAAUCUAGACUUCACUUCUUCUAUUCACAUCUUUAUCACUUUUCAACUCAUAGAUAUAACUCACAAGAUGUUCCAAUUAUCAAUACUCAUCUAAGAAUAAUAUUGAUCUUACAUUUCUGUUUUUCUAUGGCUUGAUUUUUUAAGUUCAUACUAUAUUUCUUCUUUUUUUUUACUAUAGUAGAUAAGUAGCUUUUCUUAUAGACAAACUUUGACAAUAAGAAUGAUGUCUUGCACCCUCUAUGUGUACUCUUCAUUUCUAGGUGACGUGACUUAGUCGUUGUAUAUUAAAUCAUGUAAAUAUUAAAUUUAUAAAACUAGAAAAUAUGAAUUUUUGGAUAUUUAGAAGUAUUUCUGAACAAAUAUAUCAAUUAUAAUUCAAUAAAACUUCCAAAAAUAUCGGUAAUUUUCCAGGUCGAUCACAGGGUUGUAAUAUAAUAUAUGGUAAUUAUUCAGAAUUUUUCUCAAUGAAUACGAUUUUCUAUGAAUUGUAUACUAAGAAAUUAAAAGGAAAUAUAUUUAAAAUUCACGAAAAAAGGAAAUAAGGGUGCGGACGUCAGGAUGACGUCAAUGCCCGGCGAACGCAAAUCGGGUGGAAACAGAGUUCCGCCUGGCGAUUCUUACGUAAGCGAUUACAAAUGAUUUAAUUAAUCAAAUUAAGAUCUGUAAAAGCCAGAAGAAUCGUAAUAGAACAAAGUAUAUUUUGGUAAAUUAAAAUCACAAAAACUAUCACUAAAUGAAGCGUAAAGUAAGUUGAAAGCAGGAAAACAGAGUUCCGGCGUCGCGACGGCGAUGCGUCGGUGAUGCACCAGAAUUCUGAGUGUUCGAGAGGAUCAUCGUGCAGUGUCCACGGCCUCGAAGGCUCUCUUUGGACAAGGACAACGUGGGCAAUCUCUAGAUCUUCUCGCGAAGUCUAGAGAUUAAUGAAAUGGGUCGUCGAAUCGUCUCCAGUGGCUGUCACCCGGCAGAGCGGAAAAACGGUGACUUUGCGAUUCUCUAGUGGUUGUCACCCGACGGAGAGGAGCUGGAUGGAGGUGGGGCGUGUGUCAGGGAGCUUCAUCCUCAGGUCCUGCAGCAAGAGGAGGCUCUUCAUCGCAUCUGGUACGCUCUCAAGAGGUGGCGACUCAUCUCCCGGUGGACCGUCCUCUUCCCGACGAUGGCUUGUUCGUCAAUCAAUCGGAGAUGAUUUACUCGAUGGAUUCGUGAUCCUUUUAUCGCGAAUCAUUCAGAAAUUUUAGUAGCAAUGCUCCGCGAAUCGCGUUGACGAGAUUUUCGCCAAUGAUCCAGUGAUUCUCGUUGCUUAAUCCUUCACCGGCGAUCUGCAGGAAAGUUGCAAUAAUCAGAUAAAAAUAAAUGAAUUUUGACUCUAGGAGGAUUCGAACCCGCGCCGGUUGUCUACCCCUUUUGAGGAAGGUGUGACGCGGGUUUAGUCCCACAUCGGUUACGCGCCGAUUUUUCGGGCAAAUAUAUAGUAAUGUUAGCUUUCUAAGCAAAGUUCCUUCUCUCACGUGUACGACCACUCCUGGCCCCACAGCCAGCUGGCCACCGGUGACGUGGAAGGGGAGUGGCGCACACGUGCCCCUAUCGGUCCAAGCCGCUCGAGCCCCUGCUCGCAGCUACUCCCUGACUGAGCUUCCAACCUGCUUGCGGGCCCGGCUGGCCGGCGGGUCCCCCCCAUUUUGUUCUAUUUUUAUUUUUAUUUCUUUUUCUUCAUUUAUCUCAAAAGCAAAAUUGUAAAAAUCAUAUAAAUUCAUGUAAAAUCACAUAUUUACCUAAAAAAUCACAUUAAUCAACUGAAAACCACUUUUCAUACUUUAACACAAAUAUAAGUCUAUUUAUCAUGAGUUAAGGCUAAAACUAUAUUAUUUACUAAUUAUUAACUCAUGAUAAUAAAGACUUAUCGGUAUACAAAUUCACAUUGGUUGCUCGCUUGCAUGAGAGAGAGAGAAUAAAUUCUCAAGUACCCUUAUAUAGUGACAUUAUCAUAAUAUCUCAUUUUUAUAAAUAAGAGAUAUUUUUGAUAUUAAAAUCAUAGCAUCAUCACAAGGAAGCUGUGACCGAGUUUAGUCCCACAAAAAUUAUACACCGAAUUUUAAGACAAAUAUAUAGUAUUACGAGAUUUGGGAAUCAAUGAGUCCCUUUCUCGUGUGUGUAUGGCCACUACUUGCCACAUGCUUGGUUGGCCACCGGUGAUGUGGAAAGGGAGCAACACACAUGUGCCCCGAUCGGCCCACAACCACUCGAGCCCCAACUCGUAGCUCCUCCCCGACUGUGCUUCCGACCCACUUGCGGGCCUAACUGGCCAACAGAUCCCCCUCUUUUUUUUUAUUUUCUUUUUCUUUAUUUAUCUCAAAAAUAAGAUUAUAAAAAUUAUAUAAAUUCACAAAAAAAUCAUAUAAUUAGCUAAAAAUUCAUAUUAACCAAAUAAAAAUCAUUUUUCAUAAUUUAUAAGAAAUAUAAGUUUAUUUAUUAUGAUUUAAGAGUAAAACUAUAUUAUUUAUUAAUUAUUAACUUAUGAUAUUGAAGACUUAUCACACCCCUCAAUUUGAAUCAUUACUAAUCCCUUAACAAUAGAAUUACGAAAAUUAGUAAAAAUUCAUAAAUCUCAAACAUCAUAUUUCAAUGCAUAAAAAUACAAUUAGAAAUGAUGUACAUCUAAAUAUUUUGAACUCUUAUAUCAAGGAUUUAAAAAUGAUGGCAAACACUUAAAUCUUUAAGUACUCCUUAGAAUAACAAUCUAGACUUCACUUCUUCUAUUCACAUCUUUAUCACUUUUCAACUCAUAGAUAUAACUCACAAGAUGUUCCAAUUAUCAAUACUCAUCUAAGAAUAAUAUUGAUCUUACAUUUCUGUUUUUCUAUGGCUUGAUUUUUUAAGUUCAUACUAUAUUUCUUCUUUUUUUUUACUAUAGUAGAUAAGUAGCUUUUCUUAUAGACAAACUUUGACAAUAAGAAUGAUGUCUUGCACCCUCUAUGUGUACUCUUCAUUUCUAGGUGACGUGACUUAGUCGUUGUAUAUUAAAUCAUGUAAAUAUUAAAUUUAUAAAACUAGAAAAUAUGAAUUUUUGGAUAUUUAGAAGUAUUUCUGAACAAAUAUAUCAAUUAUAAUUCAAUAAAACUUCCAAAAAUAUCGGUAAUUUUCCAGGUCGAUCACAGGGUUGUAAUAUAAUAUAUGGUAAUUAUUCAGAAUUUUUCUCAAUGAAUACGAUUUUCUAUGAAUUGUAUACUAAGAAAUUAAAAGGAAAUAUAUUUAAAAUUCACGAAAAAAGGAAAUAAGGGUGCGGACGUCAGGAUGACGUCAAUGCCCGGCGAACGCAAAUCGGGUGGAAACAGAGUUCCGCCUGGCGAUUCUUACGUAAGCGAUUACAAAUGAUUUAAUUAAUCAAAUUAAGAUCUGUAAAAGCCAGAAGAAUCGUAAUAGAACAAAGUAUAUUUUGGUAAAUUAAAAUCACAAAAACUAUCACUAAAUGAAGCGUAAAGUAAGUUGAAAGCAGGAAAACAGAGUUCCGGCGUCGCGACGGCGAUGCGUCGGUGAUGCACCAGAAUUCUGAGUGUUCGAGAGGAUCAUCGUGCAGUGUCCACGGCCUCGAAGGCUCUCUUUGGACAAGGACAACGUGGGCAAUCUCUAGAUCUUCUCGCGAAGUCUAGAGAUUAAUGAAAUGGGUCGUCGAAUCGUCUCCAGUGGCUGUCACCCGGCAGAGCGGAAAAACGGUGACUUUGCGAUUCUCUAGUGGUUGUCACCCGACGGAGAGGAGCUGGAUGGAGGUGGGGCGUGUGUCAGGGAGCUUCAUCCUCAGGUCCUGCAGCAAGAGGAGGCUCUUCAUCGCAUCUGGUACGCUCUCAAGAGGUGGCGACUCAUCUCCCGGUGGACCGUCCUCUUCCCGACGAUGGCUUGUUCGUCAAUCAAUCGGAGAUGAUUUACUCGAUGGAUUCGUGAUCCUUUUAUCGCGAAUCAUUCAGAAAUUUUAGUAGCAAUGCUCCGCGAAUCGCGUUGACGAGAUUUUCGCCAAUGAUCCAGUGAUUCUCGUUGCUUAAUCCUUCACCGGCGAUCUGCAGGAAAGUUGCAAUAAUCAGAUAAAAAUAAAUGAAUUUUGACUCUAGGAGGAUUCGAACCCGCGCCGGUUGUCUACCCCUUUUGAGGAAGGUGUGACGCGGGUUUAGUCCCACAUCGGUUACGCGCCGAUUUUUCGGGCAAAUAUAUAGUAAUGUUAGCUUUCUAAGCAAAGUUCCUUCUCUCACGUGUACGACCACUCCUGGCCCCACAGCCAGCUGGCCACCGGUGACGUGGAAGGGGAGUGGCGCACACGUGCCCCUAUCGGUCCAAGCCGCUCGAGCCCCUGCUCGCAGCUACUCCCUGACUGAGCUUCCAACCUGCUUGCGGGCCCGGCUGGCCGGCGGGUCCCCCCCAUUUUGUUCUAUUUUUAUUUUUAUUUCUUUUUCUUCAUUUAUCUCAAAAGCAAAAUUGUAAAAAUCAUAUAAAUUCAUGUAAAAUCACAUAUUUACCUAAAAAAUCACAUUAAUCAACUGAAAACCACUUUUCAUACUUUAACACAAAUAUAAGUCUAUUUAUCAUGAGUUAAGGCUAAAACUAUAUUAUUUACUAAUUAUUAACUCAUGAUAAUGAAGACUUAUCACACCCCCCAACUUAAAUCAUUGUUAGUCCCUUUGCAAUGGAAUUACGAAAAUAAAAAUUUACAAAUCUCAAACAUCAUAUUUCAAUACAGAAAAAAAAAAAACAAUUAAAAAUGAUGCACCUUUAGACACUUGGAUUCUUAUAUCAAGUCUUUAAGAAUGAUGUCAAGCACUUAAAUGUUUAAGAACUCCUUGGAAUAACAAUCUAGACUUCACUUCUUCUAUUCACAUCUUUAUCACUUCUUCACUCAUAGAUAUAUUUACAAGAUAUUCUAAUUAUCAAUAAUCAUCUAAGAAUAAUAUUGAUCCUACAUUUCCCUUUUUCCAUGGCUUGAUUUUUGAAGUUUGCACUAUAUUUCUUCCUUCUUUUAUAGUGGAUAAGUAGCUUUUCUUGUAGACAAAUUUCGACAAUGAGAAUGAUGUCUCACACCCUCCAUGUGUACUCUUCAUUUUCAAGGCUUUCACUUUAUCCACUUAUUUUGCAGCAAGCAUUUUUCUAUAGACGAUUUUCGACAAUGAGAAUGAUGUCUCACACCCUCCAUGUGUACUCUUUGUUUCUAGAUUUUUCACAUUGCUCUCUCUCUCUUUUUUUUUUUUUCAAAAUAAGUGAUUUCUCAUCACAAGUCCUAUAGAUCAGGGUGCAAAAAUCUCUAUUAAACUCAAAUGAUCAAUCAAAUUUUCACAUCAAGUAAAUACUAUCCAUCAAGAUCAUGAAGUGAAAAUCUGUAAAAUCAAAUCCAUGUUAUCUAUCAUGUAUCCAAGGAGUAUUCCAACAUUUCAUGCUACUAGAUCAUUCUUUUGACUCAAUAACAAUCUUCCUAGUAUCUUUUGGUAUCAAUCAAUCUAAUUGAUUUAAUUUUUCAUGCAUGACAUAUGAUGUAAGAAAUUUGUAAAUUAGAUACUUCUGAUAGUUCUGUUUUCUAUUUUCAACUCUAUUUUUAGCAGCAAUAAAUUUGUCAAAAAUAAAUCAAAACUAUCUUCCUUAUAGCUGUAAUUUCGAAUUUCAGUAAUAUAUGUCUAGGGGAUUGAAAUGUGAGAAAAGGGUCUCUAUAAUUUCAAAUUUCAGGUUGUUUUUUUGUCUACUGUUUUUGACAGUCUGUUGUUCUUGACAGAAAACCAGAAAAUAGAUGUUGCAGUUUUUCCGAAUUUUAUUUUAUUUUUAAUUUUUUAGUUGCUGUUCUAAGUUGAAUAAAAUGCAAACACAUGUUCUUAAUCGUCCUACAGCAUAAAUUAAUAAUGAAUACUUCACCCCCCAACUUAAAAAUGACAUUGUCCUCAAUGACAUAGAAAAAUCGAAAUAGAAUAUGCAGAAAAUCUAAUUUUCAAGUGAAGCAUGCAUAUAUGCAAAAUUAAGCAUUAAAACUGUUGUCAUAAAUGAUAAAGCUCCGAAAGACAUCACCUCAACCUCGUUUUUAAUUUUCUACUUCGUCUUACACUCCUCCACCUGCACUUUUUUGAAAAAACAAAUACAGAAACAAGUACUGCGAAAUUCUAAGAAAAACAGAGCUUAAAAAAAAAUCAAAUAGAAUGAAAUAAAAACCAUGGGUUGCCUCCCAUGCAGCGCUGAAUUUAAUGUCUCCAGCUGGACAGCUCUUAGAUCAUAUAAGAUGAUCUAUGGCCAUCAAAAUAUAUUUGUAUCCCAAGGUAAGUUUCAUGAUAUUCUUUUUCAGAUUUAGCAUAAAUUCGUAUACUUCAUAUAUAUACCUUGACAUACUUUCGGCCAAAAUAAAAUGGAAAUUAACAAAAAAUUUCCAAAAAUAAUAUUUCCAUUUUGAAAAGAAUCUUUCCUUAUUUCUAUCUUAUUUUUUAAAGCUCUCAUUCAUUAAUAAAUACUUUCUAUUAAUAGACCAUAAAAUGUGAUCAGGCCAUAUAAUUUUCAAAUUAGCUCUUACCCAAUCUAAAAUUUUUUCAUCUAAAUUGAUAUCUCUAAUUCUUCCAUUCAUCCAUUUCUUAAUGUCUUCUUUUAUCUGCAUAAUCUUCCCCUACUCCAUUUUAUCUUCCAUACAUAUUUGUUCAAUUCUCGAGGAGUGAAAUAUUCCAAGCUUAGAAGUAAUUCUAAUGGGAUGUGGGUUUUGAAGGAUGGAAGGAUUGUCUUUUUUAAUCUCAGAUCUAAUGAAUUUAGUAAAAUUCAAAUUUUCUCCUCCAAAAUUAUCUCUAUAUUCAUAUUUAUUAUUUUCGUUUCUCCCCAUUAGUUGAAUCAACUCUUUUUCUAGCUUUUCGUUUCUCAAUUCAUCAAAUUCUUCAUCUUCCUAGGAGCUAUCUUUUAAUUUCGGUAUAUGAUAUACAUCAUAAUCCUCACAAUCAAUAUCCAUGGCUGCAAAAUUAUGAUUAGAUUUAUUAAUUUCGUCUCCUACAUCUCCCAAAUCAACUGAUUUUUUCUCACUUGAAAUAUGUUUUUCUUCAUUUCUGUCCUUACUCCCUUCUACUAAAAUUUAGAUGAAAUUCAGAAUUUGAAUUGGGUCUAAGUACUUCUAGAUUGUGAAUAUUAUUUAGGUCUUUUCACGAAAAAUUAUUCCCCCAAUUAAGAUUAGAGAAUUAGAAAAAUACUCCCUAUUUUUAUUAAAAUCAUGGGCUACUUACACUUGCUCUUACCUAAGCUAAAAUGAUUGAUCUAAAUUAUAGCAUUAAAAUUCGGAAUAAUCAUUUUCAUUAUACAUAUGACAUGUACUAUAUGUAUUAAAUUGAAGGUUAUGAGGCUUUCUAAUAUUCUCAAUAAGUAAAUCAAGUUUUUCUAAUCUUUCAUUAAUCUGAUUAACCUCAUUUCUUGAAUUAGUAUCAUCAUCAUGAUGUAAUUCACAAAUUCCUCUCUUCUCUUCCUAUCAUAUAACUUAAAAGAGACUUGGUCUCUACAAUUUUUACUUAAACUCUCAUAAAGGGUUUAAAUAUCAAGGAUUUUCUCCAUAAAAGCUCUUCCACAUAUAGAAUCAAUUAUAUUUCUAUGUUGUUCUAAUAAUCUAUUAUAAAAAAUUAUAUUAAACAGCCACUUGGGUAUUGAUAAGUCUUCAUUAUCAUGAGUUAAUAAUUUUUAGUAGAAGGGAGUAAGGACACAAAUAAAGAAAAACAUAUUUCAGGUGAGGAAAAAUCAGUUGAUUUGGGAGAUGUAGGAGACGAAAUUAAUAAAUCUAAUCAUAAUUUGUAGCCAUGGAUGUUGACGAUGAUGUAUAUCAUAUACCGAAAUUAAAAGAUAGCUCUUGGGAAGAUGAAGAAUUUGAUGAGUUGAGAAACGAAAAGCUAAAAAAAGAGUUGAUUCAACUAAUGGGGAGAAACGAAAAUAAUGAAUAUGAAUAUAGAGAUAAUUUUGGAGGAGAAAAUUUGAAUUUUACUGAAUUCAUUAGAUCUAAGAUUAAAGAAGACAAUCCUUCCAUCCUUCAAAACCCACAGCCCAUUAGAAUUAUUUCUAAGCUUGAAAUAUUUCACUCCUCGCAAAUUGAACAAAUAUGUAUAGAAGAUAAAACGGAGUAGGGGAAGAUUAUGCAGAUAAAAGAACACAUUAAGAAAUGGGUGAGUGGAAGAAUUCGAGAUAUCAAUUUAGAUGAAAAAAUUCUAGAUUGGGUAAGAGCUCAUUUGAAAAUUAUAUGGCCUGAUCACAUUUUAUGGUCUAUUAAUAGAAAGUAUUUAUUAAUGAAUGAGAGCCUUACAAAACAAGAUAGAAAUGAGGAAAGAUUCUUUUCAAAAUGGAAAUAUUAUUUUUGGGAAGAUUUUUUUAAUUUCCAUUUUGUUUUGGCUGAAAGUAUGUCAAGGUAUAUAUAUGAAGUAUAUGAAUUUAUGCUAAAUUUGAAAAAGAAUAUCAUGAAACUUACCUUGGGAUACAAAUAUAUUUGAAUGGCCAUAGAUCAUCUUAUAUGAUCUAAGAGCUGUCCAGCUGAAGAAAUUAAAUUCAGCGCUGCAUGGGAGGCAACCCAUGGUUUUUAUUUCAUUCUGUUUGAUUUUUUUUUAAGCUCUGUUUUUCUUAGAAAUUCGCAGUACUUGUUUCUGUAUUUGUUUUUUCAAAAAAGUGUAGGUGGAGGAGUGUAAGACGAAGUAGAAAAUUAAAAACGAGGUUCAGGUGAUGUCUUUCGGAGCUUUAUCAUUUAUGACAACAGUUUUAAUGCUAAACUUUGCAUAUAUGCAUGCUUCACUUGAAAAUUAGAUUUUCUGCAUAUUCUAUUUCGAUUUUUCUAUGUCAUUGAGGACAAUGUCAUUUUUAAGUUGGGGGGUGAAGUAUUCAUUAUUAAUUUAUGCUGUAGGACGAUUAAGAACAUGUGUUUGCAUUUUAUUCAACUUAGAACAGCAACUAAAAAAUUAAAAAUAAAAUAAAAUUCGGAAAAACUGCAACAUCUAUUUUUUUAAGCUCUGGUUUUCUGUCAGGAAUAACAAACUGUCAAAAAAAGCAGACGAAAAAACAACCCAAAAUUUGAAAUUAUAGAGACCCUUUCCUCACAUUUCAAUCCCCUAGAUAUAUAUUACUGAAAUUCGAAAUUACAGCUAUAAAGAAGAUAGUUUUGAUUUAUUUUUGACAAAUUUAUUGCUGCUAAAAAUAGAACUGAAAACAGAAAACAGAAAACAAAACUGUCAGAACUAUCUAAUUUACAAAUUUCUACAUCAUAUUGCAUGCAUGAAAAAUUAAAUCAAUUAGAUUGAUUGAUACCAAAAGAUACUAGGAAGAUUAUUAUUGAUUCAAAAGAAUGAUCUAGUAGCAUGAAAUGUUGGAAUACUCCUUGGAUACAUGAUCGAUAAUAUGGAUUUGAUUUUACAGAUUUUCACUUCAUGAUCUUGAUGAAUAGUAUUUACUUGAUGUGAAAAUUUGAUUGAUCAUUUGAGUUUAAUGGAGAUUUUUGCACCUUGAUCUAUAGGACUUGUGAGGAGAAAUCACUUAUUUUGAAAAAAAAAAAAAAGAGAGAGAGCAAUGUGAAAAAUCUAGAAACGAAGAGUACACAUAGAGGGUGUGAGACAUCAUUCUCAUUGUCGAAAAUCGUGUAUAGAAAAAUGCUUGCUGCAAAAUAAGUGGAUAAAGUGAAAGCCUUGAAAAUGAAGAGUACACAUGGAGGGUGUGAGACAUCAUUCUCAUUGUCGAAAUUUGUCUACAGGAAAAGCUACUUAUCCACUAUAAAAGAAGGAAGAAAUAUAGUGCAAACUUCAAAAAUCAAGCCAUGGAAAAAGGGAAAUGUAGGAUCAAUAUUAUUCUUGGAUGAUUAUUGAUAAUUAGAACAUCUUGUAAAUAUAUCUAUGAGUGAAGAAGUGAUAAAGAUGUGAAUAGAAGAAGUGAAGUCUAGAUUGUUAUUUCAAGGAGUGUUUAAACAUUUAAGUUCUUGACAUCAUUCUUAGAUACUUGAUAUAAGAAUCCAAAGUGUUUAAAGGUGCAUCAUUUCUAAUUGUAUUUAUUUUUUUCUGUAUUGAAAUAUGAUGUUUGAGAUUUGUAAAUUUUUAUUUUCGUAAUUCCAUUGCUAAGGGACUAGCAAUGAUUUAAGUUGGGGGGUAUGAUAAGUCUUCAUUAUCAUGAGUUAAUAAUUAGUAAAUAAUAUAGUUUUAGCCUUAACUUAUGAUAAAUAGACUUAUAUUUAUGUUAAAGAGUGAAAAGUGGUUUUCAGUUUAUUAAUGUGAUUUUUUAGGUAAAUAUGUGAUUUUACAUGAAUUUAUAUGAUUUUUACAGUUUUACUUUUGACAUAAAUGAAGAAAAAGAAAUAAAACUAAAAUAUUGCAAAAUGGGAGGACCUGCCGGCCAGUCGGGCCCGCAAGCGGGUCGGAAGCUCAGUCGGGGAGUAGCCGCAAGUAGGGGCUCGAGCGGCUUGGACCGAUAGGGGCACGUGUGCGCCACUCCCCUUCCAUGUCACCGGUGGCCAGCCAGCUAUGGGGCAAGCAGUGGUCGUACACAUGAGAGAAGGAACUUUGCUUAGAAAUGUAACAUUACUAUAUAUUCGCUCGAAAAAUCAGCGUACAACCGAUGUGGGACUAAACCCGCGUCACACCUUCCUCAAAAGGGGCGGACAACCGGCGCGGGUUCGAAUCCUCCCAAAGUCAAAAAGUCAUAUAUUUUUAUCUAAUUAUCGCGACUUUCCUUUAGAUCGUCGGUGAAGGAUUAAGCAACGAGAAUCGCUGGAUCAUCGGCGAAAAUCUCGUCAACGCGAUUCGCGGACCGUUGCUACUAAAAUUGUUGAACGAUUUGUGAUAAAAGGAUCGCGAAUCCAUUGAGUAAAUCAUCUCCGAUUGAUCAACGAACAAGCUGUUGUCAGGAAGAGGACGAUCCACUGGGAGACGAGUCACCACCUCUUGA